AUGGAGAGUUUUCUCACUCUGAUGAAUAGAGUUAGUGACUCAUGGAUGAGCCCCAGCUCCAUGGACAUAGCGAUGGACAUGACCAUUGCAAUUAUGUGUGGAGUGGGGCUCUUUUUCCUACUACUUCCCUUCCUGAAGGAGUACCCAGUGUCAUCACCACCUGAGAAUGAGUAUGACUUGCCUCAUGAUGUGAAGAGGGGGCAGAAGACCAGUAAGAAAACUGUUGCUGGAAAACGUUAUAGAGAUGGAGGAAAAAAUAUGGAAGAGACCAAGACUCCAUCGCAACCAAUGAAAAAGAACUGUGCAGUGCCAUGUCCUCCCACUGAGAGGAGGAUACAGGCAUCCCUACCAAUUGAAAGCCUGCCCCGGAAACAGGAACUGUAUUCGAAAACUGUCAGAGGUUAUGAUGACCCAAACCACCUAAAUCCCAUUAGCAAGCACACUGGGAACUUGCCCAGGGUCAGCCUGGAUACUAAAGCUAUCAGGCCUGCCUCCAUCCUUCCUGAGCACCGUGGGACAUCCGAGCACCCUAAGGAGCCACAGGCAACUACUGUGGGAGAACAACAGGGAACCCCCAUCAGAUUCCUCCCAUCCAGGAAACUGACCCAGCCUCAGGGACAAAGCCUGGAUCAUUAUUCCAAGAGCAGUCCUCAACUCUCCCAGCCUGCCCAGCCCUCUAUCCCCAACCCUGAAAGCUGCAAAUGUAGCAAAAUGAUGGGGCCUGUAGCUGCAGGGCUGCCCUUAAAGAAGGACAUAGCUCAGGCUGAUGUGCAAACCACCAUCAAGAUGGGCCUUGGUAUUGGGGCAAAAAAGGUGGCUUACCUUUUAUGCAACACCCCUGGAAAGGGGCUGAAACCCAGGAAUUCAGCACUGAGGACAGACAAACUGUCUGAUAUGAACAUUGCUGAGCAUCAUUCCCUGCUGGACUCAAAGACUAAAAGGAAGCUGGCAUCAAAGAUCACAGAGCUUCCAGGAAAAGACAGAAGAAGAGCAUGUCUCCCCAUCCUUGAGGCAAGGGAUUUCACCCCACCUGGGGCUACAGCUUCAAACCUCCCCCAGUUUGUGUAUCCCUCUUCACCCAUGUGUGCUUCCAAGGCUGAACAGUACAACAAGGCUGGCAGAGUCCUCCAAAAUUUACAUCACCAAUAUCCAGGAGGAACACUGUUAGAAAGUGCACCAGCUGCUAGAAUGAAGGGUGCUGUGUUUACAGAUUGUAUUCCAGAGGUUCAGAAAACCAAAAGAACCCCUCCACCUGCUGCCAGCCAUGGGGCCUCAAAGGCCCAUCCAGACCCAUUUCAGAGAUGCAUGUAUGUACAGCGACCUGCUUUCUACUUUCAGACCGAAAAUCCCCAGCAGACCAGGACUAUCCGAGGCACUGGAAAAGGCAGCCUGCAACCAAAUAUGCCAGCUCCCAUCAGCCAGGGAGAAAGGCUUGGGAGUGUAAGGCCUUCAAUCCUGAGGUCCAAACAGUUAAAGGAUACAGCCAAGACUUGCAUACCUGAAAAAGGAGAGGGUUCUUCAAAAAUCUGUGUGAAGAACGUCCCAAGGAGUGAUUUAUGUGAUGGAAACAUCACCACAAAACACACUGGGAAAAGAGAUAAUUUAAAAAAUGUUCACCCUUCACCAGAUAAUGACCAGACACAGGAGUACUUAACCAAAAAAGACACAAUAAAUAAUAUGUUAGCUGAACUGCAAUCCCUUGCAAAUGUUUUAUUUCAGAUACUGGAAAACACUGAAGGGGACCCAUCCAAAGGGUGUAAAGUGGAAUCACUGGCAGCCCAGCAGGGUGACUCAUGCCAGUCUCCUGAGAGUCUCUGUGACACCAACCAUAGCAGAGGAGAAACCAGAAUGAGUUGUGGCCAUGCCAACCCCAAGAUGUAUAACCAGCUCCCCAUCCCCAAGGGGAAAGAACUUCGACAUGGAUACAGGGGAAUUGGAGACCAGCAGGAGCCUGGUCUUGUAGACCUGAGAGCCUGUGGCCCAGGUAAAAUUAGACCAACGAUUGGAGUGGGCCACUAUCAUCACAGGAGCCCUGAGGGGCACAACCAAUCAUUAAAAUACAGAGAAAUUGCAAACAAACUGCAGUCCGGUUUUGAUCAUAAAUACAAUGAAAAUACACAAAAUAAAAUAAAAGGAAUGGGAUAUGGCUGCUUUCUGAGUCCCAAAGAGAACGAUUCAGUCAAGCGCUGGGGAAAUGACUACUCCUGGUCUUCAGAUGCUGCCCAGCGAGCUUCUGAUUCCAGGUAG